UUAGCACUCUGUUUGUCUUGUACUUGUUUUAGGAAAUGCAGGGUCCCACAUAUUCAUCAUAUUUUUAAAACCCAUAGAAAUAUGUGUGAAUGAGCAUUUGCAUGUCUUUAGCUUUAAAUGCAUUCAGGUGGACGUCAUCAGUGAUCAGCAUGAUCAACAAUAUUAGCGUAUCAGUGAGCCUACAUCAGUAGGGUAAUUUUGAGCAGGUGUGACAAAAAGCUUUGUGUGGCACGUAAACACUAGUUCAUUAGUCCUUAAAACAUGUCUCUUCAAUACUAUCUGAGACUGCCAUUGGUUUGUUUGAUUCUCUCUGUUGUGGGAUGUUUUCCUGAACUGUCAGUAGGAGACAUCAUGGAAAAUGAUCCAAAGAUCAAAAAACAAGUGUUGGAAAAUUUCAGAAGUGUUCAUCCAGCCAUCCAAAAUUCAAUGAGAGGCACUCUUCAAAGGAAUGUACAACAGUUUAACAACCAAUAUCAGCUGCCGAGGAUCAACUCCUCUCCAUAUAGCCUGAGGAAUUAUGGCAAUGCCAAAAAUCCAAGCUUCAGUUCCACUGAGGCAAAAGCUUCUGCAGAUGUUAUCUAUUACCGUUCAGUCCCAAAUAAGAUCUCAUCCAAUGACAAUAGUAGAAAUAAUCCUGUUGAUUUUUCAAGCGUCAAAAAUAAUGAUGGAAUUGAUGCCAAAAGAAGCUAUGCUUUCCAAACAGUACAACAGGAACAAAAUCCUUUACACUUCACAGAGAACCAAAAGAGCUCUACUGAUAUGAAUCUGGCCCCAAGGCUGAUGAAGAAAGGUCUGGUGAAUGGAAUGAAUGCAGCAAAUGUGUUUAGAUCUGGGUCAAUUGGGUUUCAGCAUAUUUCAAAAUCUAAAACAGAAAUGUAUUCAGACAGUUCAAGACCAUUAGGACUCAAUGAACCCUACUUGAGGGAAAAUAUUUCUGCCCAGCCGAUCACCAGACCGACACAUGCUAAAAGAAUUCCAACCAGUUACAUGUCUGGAAGCUCAACAGUGAAUCAUGAUAUGAGGCACAAAAUUGAUAGAAACAUCCUGUUUGAUAACUUUCUUCAAAACAAUGACCAGAAUCAAAAAGACGUACCAUCAAGUACGUCUCUCUCAAUUGUAAGAGCAAAUCGACAAGAGAGCAAAUCACUGCCGCGUGCCUUUUCUGCUGGGACCGAAGUCAUUUCCUAUGAGAAUAUAAGGGACGAAGCUCUUUCCAAGGUGUUCAAACCUCCAGCAGUUCAAACCCCAAUUGCUCAUGUGUUUAAGAUGUCAAAUUCAAAUGGAGGUCAAAGCAUCCUUCCUUUUAAAAAAGCUCAGAUGUUUUCUUCCCAACGUGAUCAGGUCAAGCAGUCUGACUCUGAAAGGCUUGCUAGUCCAAAAGCAAAUCCGCGAAGUAGUUUUGAGUAUGGAAAUACAAAAUCGGCCAUGAGCAGCUACACUGUCAAGGACGUUCAAUUGACAUUGACACAAGAUGGUUACCAAAAUAAGGGACGAAGUAGUCCGAAUUAUAUGCCCAUUCAAAUGUUUCACAGUCAAAAGAAGUAUGGUAAUUUGACAACAAGCAUGUCUGCCAUCAGGCCUUCAGAGACCAAUGGAGCCCGCUCUUACAAAGGGUUCCUAUCAGAUGAAAACAGUGGCAUCCAAAUACAGAUGUCUUUGCUACCUAACCAGUCAAAACAGGGCACACAUUUGACCCCACGAAUGCAGUUUGCAAAGAACACACUGUUUUCAGAACAUGCACGUUUUAAUCUACCAGACACAACAUAUCAUUCAUUAAUGAAGCCAAGUCAGCAUAAUGCACGAAAUAGGACAGAUUUGAAUUCCUCCGGCCAAAGUACAGUACAAUCAUUACUCACUAAAAACGAUCCUUUGCCAAGUCUCGUGCUAGGUAACAUUCAAAAUUCAGGUAUGUCUAGCAGCCGAAACCGACCAUACUAUCUGACUUCUAAAAAGCCAUAUAAUUUUAAAGGAUUCACAUUUGUUCCUACAUUGCAGACAUCUCUACAAAAUACAGAAAUGCACUCUGGCCAAAAGCCUUUCAUAAGCUCUUCAUCUAAUGUGCAAUAUGCCUCUGCUCGUCCGCGUUCUGCCCUAAGUGCACUUGCUCAAAAGCCCUUGAUACCUAAUAGCUAUGAAAAGACACUUUUCCAGUUCAAGGACAUUGAAACAGGCCAAGAAGAGCAACCUGAUCGGGAUCAGAGAGACUCUUUUGAUAAUGGACCUCAGCGUGAAACAGUCUCUUCUACUGAAGCUGCAAGUAACACCAUGACUGACGCUCCAAAGCACCAUGUUGUUAGAGCUCAAGCUUUAGCGACGAAAGUAACUGGCACAAAUGCUUCAGCAGGUCUUGGUACAAAUAAUGGAGCAGGUUCCCUUCAGAACUAUCUUAAAAUAGGGUACGAUGGAUUACAUGAAGUUCAGUCAAAAACAUCUCAGAGGUGGAUUUCAAGCAAGUUUUCUUCAGCACAGAACACUCAAGCUCAGACCGAAUCUAACCAAGGUGAAAUCCCAACAGUGAGAUCCUCAAACGGCAGGUUUGUUGGACCAAACAUGUACUCAGCGUCCAUGAAAUCUAGCACCAGUCAUGAGAAUCCCACAUCAGAGCUUGUUCUUCCGAUCCACAAGUCUUCUCUUAUGAACAAAGUGACUGGGUAUCCUCAAAUAGGCAAUGCUGUUAUCCAGCCACUUCACCAGUAUAACUUCAAGGAACAUGAAGGUCUGCUAAAUCCAAAAAUUAAGGACAGAAACUCAGUUACACAAUCAAAUAUUAGUGAAAAUUACAGUGCCACAGGACUAAGACCCACAAGCAGCAUUGUGAUUGGUAGGCGGGUUGAAGUGACUCAAGAAGGAACGAGAUCUGGAGAAAAUUCAAACCAGAAUAUCUAUGCAAUCCCAUCUUCUCCAUCUGCAAUAUAUAGAUCUGCUGAUGUUAAUAGUAAUAAAACCAAUAGCUUGUCAACUAUAUACAGAUCUGCUAACAAACUUUACAGUAAAUAUAACAUCCUACAAGCUAAUGUAACUUCAGACUGGACGAAUGAAAUGACUAAAAUCUCCAAAACAGAUAUCGACCUCAGUGCUGUCGGUGUGUCCCAAGCAUCAAGACCCACAAGCAGCUUUGUUGUCGGAAGGUACGUUAAUACGUUUAAUAAAGUCUCAAACAAAUCAAAUCUCAACAUGUCUUCAACAAAAACAGGUCUUAACUAUUAUAAACCAGUUCGGUUUUCAGAUAUAGCAGGUAGUGCUUCCUUCACUAAACCACGUUCUGCUGCCAGCAUGGCAAAGGAAGAAGUGUAUAUUGGUGUUCAUAACAGCUCCACUUCAACCACACUGAUGGAAGAAAGCUUUAAAGAGCUGCUUUUUAACACUACAAUAGGCAGUUCCUCUAUGACCUCGGCCUUACAAAAUGAAACUGAUGAAAGUACAGUGGAUUUAAGUGGACCUGAGAUUAUGCCAACAGCUGCUAUACCCACCACAGAAUCUCGGCAGUCAUUUACAGAAGAAUAUACUCUACCUCAACCAACCGUCUAUUCCUCUGAGCCACAGCUGGAUCAUACUACACCUACAGCAGAGGGUGGUGAGGAAACAUUUAUACCCACUUUGUUGGUCACAAUUACCUUAGGAUGAGAUCUGCCUCUUUCUGUUUUCAACUGUAUCCAAUGGCAGCCGUCACUGACGCCGACAGACUGAAAUGUGAAUCGUUUCUCUCUUCUGUAGGUAGAUGGCGCCAGAUCUGUCAUAAAAAUUAAUUUGCAUUAAAUUUGUGAGUUCUGAGUUUCAUAUAGUUUUCUCUUUACUUCCCUUUGAUAAACAUUUGUUCAAAUAAUUUUGUUGAUAUUUAUCUAUGUUCAUUAAUCCAUGUUCUUUUCAAGCGUAGUAAUAUAUUCAGAGUAAGAUGUCUUAUAUUAAACAGAGUCUGCUAACCCUUUCAUUAAAAUUUAAGUUUAAGAAGCUUUUUUUUUCUGUCAUUGAGCAUAAUGAAAUUAGUUUAUUUAUGUGGAAAUGGGCUCAUACUGUACAUGUGAAAACACCUUAUUUCUCAAUCGUUCCCAAAAUCCCCAUGGAUCUGGGUCCAGUUCACUGGAAAUUUCCUUAAAAUUUCCAAGUUGUCUUUUCUGAGUGCUGCUGAAAAACUAUGAUGUUAGUUGUUCAGGCAAAUAUAGAGCUGAAACUUAAUCACACACUGGAAAGAAUUUUUUUUAUUUUUUUUUAUUUCUGCAUUGGUUCAAAUUUUCCUGAAAUGUGCUGAUAUUUUAAUGAAGGAAAAAUCGUGUUUGAGAGAGGAUUCUGCUCUAGCCGGGUCAAUCCUGUUGUUCAGUAACUUUUAAUCUUUUAAUCAUAAGUUAAUUAAUAUGCUUGUGUUGUAUUUUAAGGACGUAUAAGUAUGAAAUUGAAUACCAGACUUUCAGAAAUAUUCUCUGGUUAAGAUCAGGCACUUUAACUGUAUUCAGCUUCUUUAUACAGUGGAUUUAGCCAAUAUCCACUGAGCAAUUGCAAUUGAAAGAUUC